UUUGGCUGCAUUGGGUUUUCAUUGCUGCACGUGGGCUUUCUCUAGUUGCAGCGAGAGGGGGGCUACUUUUCGUUGUGGUGCACAGGCUUCUCAUUGUGGUGCCUUCUCUUGUUGUGGAGCACGGGCUCUAGGCGCGCGGGCUUCGGUAGUUGUGGCACACAGGCUCAGUAGUUGUGGUGUGCAGACUCAGUAGUUGUGGCACACGAGCUUAGUUGCUCUGCAGCAUGUGGGAUCUUCCUGGACCAGGGCUCGAACCCACAUCCCUGCAUUAGCAGGCAGAUUCUCAACCACUGCACCACCAGAGAAGCCCUUGUUUUGUUUUUAAGUUAUUUAUUUAAUUUAUUUAUUUUUGGCUGCAUUGGGUCUUCGUUGCUGCGCGCGGGCUUUCUCUAGUUGCAGCGAGUGGGGGCUACUCUUCGUUGCAACAUGCGUGCCCCUCACUGUGGUGGCUUCUCUUGUUGCAGAGCAUGGGCUCUAGGCGCGGGCUUCAGUAGUUGUGGCACGCGGGGUCAGUAGUUAGUUGUGGCUCAUGGGCUCUACAGCGCAGGCUCAGUAGUUGUGGGCGCAUGGGCUUAGUUGCUUCACGGCAUGUGGGAUCUUCCCAGACCAGGGCUCAAACCCGUGUCCCCUGCAUUGGCAGGCAGAUUCCUAACCACUGCGCCACCAGGGAAGUCCCUCCCAAAGUGUUUUAAUUGCUAAUUUAGUUGAAUGAUUUUGCAGGGAGCAUGCACUCUCCAACCCACCAUAGUCCCCAUCCCUCCCUAUUGCCUUCCCCAGUCCCCUGUUCUCAUUUGCUUUCCCACCUGGCCCUGCUGAGCCCUCCCCAGACCCUGGUGGCUUGGGGGCUGCCCCAGGCCUGCAGGCCUAACUGGGCAGUAAGAAAGCCAAUGCUCUCUCCUUCUUCUGAACCAAGACCUCAAGAAUCCAGCUUCACCUCCUGGAGGCAAAUGCCCACAUUCAAGUUGUGCUCAAGUACAGGAAGUGGUGCCUGUGUGGACAGAGCUUAGGAAGCAGGGGACCUGGUUUCCAGGUAUAACUUGGCUGUGUAAUCCACAACACAUUCCUUCCCUCUCUGAGCACCAGUUUUCUCAUCUGAAUAAUAGAGAAUUGGACCGGGUCCCUUCGAAUUCCAGCAACAGGUGACUCAAAUCCAGAGGUUCAUGCCCUGUUGUCUGCCACCCAGAUCUGUGCUGAUGCGGACUGCGUGCCUAUGAGGGGUUCUAGGGGCACAGGCACAAGCAAGACACAGACAAGGUCCCUGCUCUCAAGGGGCUUGCAUUCUAAUGAAACAGGCUCUAAACAAGUAUGUGCAUAGAUAUGAAAUACAAUAUCAGGUAGGAAAAGUACCAGGAAGAAAAAUAAAGCAGGGUUAAGGAGUAGUGAUGGGAAAGUGGAACAAUUUUAGGAAAGAUGGUCACUGAAGGCAGAGACCUGAAUUAGGUGAGGAAGCAAGCCAUGGCCAUGGAGAGAUCUGGGGCAAGGGUGUUCUGACAGAGGAGACAGCACAUGCAAAGAUCCUGAGGUGGAAACCAUUUUGACAUGUGGGAGAACAAGCAUGAAGACCGUACGGCUGGAAGUAUGGGAGGCAAGGAGGAGGCGGGUGAGGUCAGAGAGGUGGGGAGAAGGCCAUCUCAGCAAAGAGGAGGUAAGAUUCUAUUUUGAUGAUGGGAAGUUCUUGGAAGGAUGAGUGCAGGAUCAUGACCUGAUUUCAUUUGUUUUUAGAGGGAUCCACUUCAGCCAGCUGUGUAGAGGGUGGAUCUAUGGUGUCAGUCAAGAUCCAAUCAACAAAAGAGAAAUCACUCUAUGUAUUCCAGACAAGAGGAAUUUGAUACAGGAAAGGAACUGAACUACCAAAGGGGCUGGUAAGUCAACCCUGGGAUUAGCAACAGCAGAAAGUUGCUAACACUCUUAGGCUGGAAGAAUGAUGGCAUUCCAAUGCCCAGAGGCCAGGGUCACCCAGCAGGCACCAGAACCCCAGAGGGGACUGCCUGAAGGGAGCCAGGGCUAUGGAGAGAGAGGAUGUCCUCCACAGAGACAGAUCCAGAGGUAGACCCAGGCUGAGCACGAAAGGGAAAAUACCCUGUGGCUUCUCCCGUCCUGCCACCCUCCAGCCUUCUGCUGGUUACUUCCAUUGGCUGAAUUUACCCAAAAACCAAAUGACAAAGGAGCCUGGGAAAUCAGUUUCUUAGAAGGCAGAGCAGUGCUGUGGAAGAUGGGAAUGGAUCUAAGGGCAAACAGACAAAUGACCAGCACAAGGUGCAGAAGCGGAGGCCAGGACGGGUCUGAAAUGGUCCAGGUGAGAGGUGGUAGUGGCUGGGAGCAUGGCAGUGGUGGUGAGAACUAGCUGGAUUCAGACACAUUGAUGGAUUGGAUGUGGUGCGUGGAGGAAAGGGAGGUGUCAAUGGAAACUUCUGAGAUGGCAUUUACUAAGGGGGGAAGACUCUGUGGAGCGGAGUGGGGUGGGGGGUCAUGAGUCAAGUCCUGUUUUGGGGCAUAGGACUUUUGAGAUGCCCAGUAGUCCCUGUACUGGGGGUGAUGUUGAAGAGACAGCCGGAAACCCAAGACUGGGGUUCAGGGGAGAGGAAGGAGCUUCAGACACAAAGGCAAGCCAUCAGGGUAUACAUGGGGUUUUGCCAUGGGACUGGGUGACACCACCUGGGGGGCAUAUGCCCCAUUGGAGUCACAUGGCUUUCCCUGAGCCAAUACCUUGGUGGUGGGGGGUGCAACAUACUGACUGGCCAGGACUGGGUUUCAUGCCUAGUCAGGAAUGUGAUAUGAAAGGUGAGGGUCUUGCUCACCCAAACCACAUGUCCUGAGUUGGGGAGAGGUGACUUCCUAAAGAAAACUCAGAGUGUGCUUAGCAGAAGGGGACUUGUUUGCUAACAGCAAAAACAAAACAAAACAAACAGCAGUUGCUCCCUAAGGUUUCCUCUCAUUAAUUCCACAGUGUCUUGAAGCACCUAUUCUGUGCCAAGCCAAUACCAGCUGAGCAACCUACUAUGUGCCAAGUCCUGUGCUUUUCCCCUCACUUUACCUAGAGAACUAGCCCUCCUGAGGACCAGAGGGUACCUAGGGAUCUCCCAGCUCCAGCUCUCGUCUCACUGGUACCUCAGUUUCCCCUCAGUACAAAGGCUGAAUGAUCCGAUUAACCCCACUGAUGGGGAUGGUGGAAGACAGCAGAUGUGGGGGGCAGCACUUCCCACCCCUGGAAAAGGCAGAAUAGGAUGUGGCUGACUCCAAAGCCCACACUCUUAAUGUCCUGAGUCUCACUCCAGCCUGUGCCUGCUUUGGGCCCCCCUCCCGAAGCACCCACAGCACUUCCACAGCACAGCCUUCAGCCUCCAGCUGGCAGCUGCUAGGACCCAGGGGGCCGGUGCCAGGCCCUGCCCCUCCCUUGCCAGCUCUGUGUGUCUCCAAAGGGCAGCAUCAAAGUGACAGCCGGUACCAUCUCCAGCAGGGGCUGAGUUGCUGGGGUGGAGGACAGAGCCACAGUCCCAGCCUUGCACACUUCCAUGGGGCCGGCCAAGCCCCCAAGAGAAUGGCAGCCUGGGUGUCUGAGCCAGCGCCUGGGCAGCCUGUGAGCACAGGGUGAAGCCUGAGCGCUCGAAUGGCCAACACCACAGGGCUGAACGCACCAGAAGUCGCAGCCUCGAUGGGGUUGAUCCUGGCGGCUGUCGUGGAGGCGGCAGCACUGCUGGGCAACGGCGCACUGCUGGUUGUGGUGCUGCGCACUCCGGGACUACGCGAUGCGCUCUACCUCGUGCACCUGUGCGUAGUGGACCUGCUGGCUGCCGGCUCCAUCAUGCCGCUGGGCCUCCUGGCCGCUCCGCCGCCGGGGCUGGGCCGCGUGCGCCUGGGCCCCGCGCCCUGCCGCGCGGCGCGCUUCCUCUCGGCGGCGCUGCUGCCCGCCUGUACGCUCGGCGUGGCGGCGCUCGGCCUGGCGCGCUACCGCCUCAUAGUGCACCCGCUGCGGCCCGGCGCGCGGCCUCCGCCCACCCUCGUGCUCACCGCCGUGUGGGCGGCGGCGGGGCUACUGGGCGCGCUCUCCUUGCUCGGGCCGCCGCCCGCACCGCCCCCUGCCCCGGCUCGCUGCUCUGUCCUGGCCGGGGGCCUUGAGCCCUUCCGGCCGCUCUGGGCGCUGCUGGCCUUCGCGCUGCCCGCCCUCCUGCUUCUCGGAGCGUACGGCGGCAUCUUCCUCGUGGCGCGCCGCGCUGCCCUGCGGCCCCCGCGGCCCGCGCGCGGGUCCCGGCCGCGCUCCGACUCUCUGGACAGCCGCCUCUCCAUUUUGCCGCCCCUUCGGCCUCGCCCGCCCUGGGGCAAAGCAGCCCUGGCCCCGGCGCUGGCCGUGGGCCAGUUCGCAGCCUGCUGGCUGCCUUACGGCUGUGCGUGCCUAGCGCCCGCUGCCCAGGCCGCCGCGGCCGAGGCGGCCGUCACCUGGGUAGCCUACUCGGCCUUCGCGGCUCACCCCUUCCUGUACGGCCUGCUGCAGCGCCCUGUACGCCGGACGCUGGGCCGUCUCGCCCGACGAGCGCUACCCCGGCCCCCGCGGGCCUGCACUUCGCGGGCCUGGCACCCGCGGGCCCUCCUGCAGCACCUCCAUAGACCUCCAGAGGGCCCUGUCCCAGGCCCUUCUGAGGCACCAGAACAAGCCCAGGAUUUGGCAGGAAGGGAGAGCCUGAGCAUGCCAGAGGCCACGUGAGAGAUGUCUCCCAAGGUGAGCCGGGACUGGAGAAAGCAGGGUGGUAUCACAAAGGGCCCAUGCAGCCUCCAGCACAGCUUAUGGCAGGUAGCCUGCCUGCACUUCUGGCUCUGGAAUGGGAGAAAGGGGGCCUGCAGCCUAGUGAGGCCCAGAGGCUUCUGGGAGCUAGGAAUUCUGAGUUCUGGGCCCAACUCUGCAUGGCCUUGUACACAGACCAACCCUUCCCUAGGCAUCAGUCUUCCCAUCUGUACCCUGGACCAUCUCUAAGGGCUCCUCCAGCUUGGGUGAUCUGGACACUCAUGGAUGAUCCCCAGGCCAAGGAAGAAGCAGAGGUGGGCAGGAUCACAGAGAAGAGGGCCCUAAUGGCUCACAGCCAAAGGGAAUGGGCCAAGUAGGGCAGGGUCUGGGUUACAGCCACAGCAGGAGGAACCAGUGAAGGGACAUUCAGAAAGACCUUCCGCACAUCUGCACCAAGGAGAGGCUGGACAAAACUACUGGAACUCCUCCAUCAGCUUCUAAAAAUGCCCAGAAAACAACUGGAUCACUUUGGUGCCAGAGGCAGGAGGCUGGACAACAUGACCCGCCAAAGAGCCCUAAAGCCCCAGAACUGGCAUGUGGAAGGGGCCGAGGCCCAGCUGGGGCUGAUGGAGUCACAGAUGGGGGUCCUCUGGGGUCUCAGCUACACCCAUUUUCUGGAGGUUUUGCCAAUACCCACAGUGUUUCACAGCUUCCUGGUCUCUCAGAAUAUUUAUUCAAAAACAGGAAUUGAAAAAACUGUA